AAGUAGUUGAAGUUUUUCAGUUUGCUGAACCGUAAACUACAUGUCUAUCUAAUGCUCUAAUGCUCGUGUUUUAUUAUAUCAAUUUUCUUGAUGCUGUCUUCCAUUGAGAAUUUAUUUUCAUCUAAGAAGCAUGACUCGCUUAUUAUCGCCUUCCCGUUAUCAAAGACACGGCUCAACCCCAUCAUUCUCCACACCAAUGCAGCUUCAUCUAUUGUUUCUUCCCCACCAGUGCUGUCAAGGUCCACCUGGCCAACCGGGAAUACCAGGAACGCCUGGUAUCCCUGGGAAUCCAGGAACACCAGGGACAUCUGCUUACUGCGGCUGUGGUCAGAGUGGUGCUGGAAAUUCUCGACGGUGGAAACAAUGCGCGUGGGUACACGACAAUACAAAGGAUGGCAGAGACAAUGGAAAAGUGCAUGCGAUUGUAUUACAGACGAUAGUUAUUUUUCUGGCAGCCUCAAACUCAGCUGGAGUAAAUCAUCUUGACGAUGUACACGGUCCAUGCGUUGUUCGAAGAACGAAGUUACCUCGCCUGGAUCCUGUUGAGGUUGGUUUUGUUCGACAAAUCGGGCUUAUUAAAGAACAGCCACCUUUUACAGUAAAAACACUGAGUGUAAGGCCCCCUAUAUUCGAAAUCCCUGCUUUCUUGAGUGAAGCCGAAAUCAACAGAGUUCUUGCAAUGGCCGAGCAUGGGAGACAGGAGAACAGUGAUGUGUUUCACAACUCAAUGGAUAGCCUUCUUACCCAGACUUCUUUCGACCACUGGGAUCUCAACCGAGAUGACUUAAUAAAUAGCGACGAGGUCAUUGCCGGUAUGCGUUACUUUUGGGAUCUACAUUUCACAACAAAGGAUGUAAAGAAAAUGCUUACGACGUUGAAUAUUAGCAAGGUUAACCCAGGGAGGAUUCAUCGAAGUGAAUUUUUACCAGCCGACAUCAUGAAAUAUGUGAAGCAAGUUGGAAAUCUGGAACCGAAGGUCAAAGGUCGCCAUAGUAACCAAACAUACAUUGAGUUCGCUGAAGAUGACCAAAUCUCGACAACACUUAAUAAAAAAAAGGCAGCUCUCACGGGUCUUCCAGUUGAAAUAAUAAAAGGCAGUGAAACUCCUGUGGCUGUACGAUAUGGCCCGGGAGGUCAUUAUCACUGCCAUUAUGACUCUCACCCACUACAUGCCGAGGCUACGUGUUGUCAUCGAAGAUCAUUGGAUAAAUGUCGUAUCUGCAGGUUCAUAACAAUUCUCUACUUUCUCAACGAUGUGGCGGAAGGAGGACAAACCGCUUUUCCAAUCGCCGAUAGUGACACAUUCAACCAACAGACAUGGAUGAGGAAAUCAAACUACCUUUCCAAUCUGAGCGCGUACUGCUCAAAAGCUAACCUAAGGGUGACACCAAAACGAGGUUCUGCUAUCAUGUGGUAUAAUCACGUGACUAAUAAAACAUCCGGCUGGAUUUCAAGCCUCGAUCUCAGGUCAUACCACGGAGGAUGCGACGUCAUAAGGGGCCAUAAGUGGAUUGUAAAUAAUUGGAUAAAUAUCAUUGGUGGAAACUGGGACGAUUUGCGGACUUGGAAUGACAAGAAUUCGAGAACAAAAUGAGGGAAGAAAGAGUUUGCCAGGUACAGAGCUUUGCCUAAGAAGGGCAGAAUCGUAGAAAUAAGACUGGAGGUAGAUUUCCAUUUCUUUGUCUGCACUUGUGAUGGAGCGCUGAUAACUCAAUACUAAAACCUGAUAUAACAACGAACCUGAUUGACAUUUACGCUGAGGAUGUAAGAAUACAUGAAGGUGUUAUUCAUUACAUCCACUUUGAAACCACUGGUGAUACUUGCAAUCUGAUGAGCUCUCGUUAGUGCGAUUUAUUCGCGAAUCGUUUCAUCUUUCGCUCUAAAUCGUACCUUUUUCCCAGCCAUUGAGAAAGCUUUACAAGAAAAAAAAAACCCACAACAACAACUAAUCAGAUCUCAAGGCUUGCUUACAGUGACCAAUCAAAUUGCAGGAAAAUGAAAGACAACUACUACAACUUUCUCACAAACCAGCUUAGUACUAGAUCAGUAAAACACCAAAACAGAUUUGAAAAUCAUGCAUUUGAGCGCCCGGAUUUUGCGAUUUUUAAAAUGUUGG